AAUACCAUAGCGUAUUCUGACAGUGGUCUGCAUAUUUUCAGGUACUCCUUGAAUGUCCAUAUAGAAACUCCUGAAAGAGAUGGCAGAUGAGACAUUUCAAAAUGUCCUGGAUGUAUAUAAACAGAAUAAAAUCAUUACUUCAAAAAGUCAUUCCUGUAGUAAUAUACGGAAGACUCGACGUGGAAAAUUUGAGGAAGCUCUCCAUGGAAUUCAUAUCUUGAAUGAAUCCUAUUUGCGGUCAUUUAUAUGCUCUGUCUUCAGUAAAGACGCAUCCUAUUCUAAGUGUUUGGAGCGCAUUGAGUAUUUACCACAGCUACCUGGCAUUGAUGUCAAAGAGGCUAGGAAGCUUUUUCUUCUUCAGUUUGUGAAAACUUUCUCAUUUAUACUUUCAGUGUCUCACCUUGGAUAUAACCUGUAUUUACAGGCCUUGGUAGACAAAAGGGAUGAGGUUAUCCACAAACUUCACAGAGACUAUCAUGUCGAAUUUACUUUGUUUGAAUACCCUCUUCAUUUGGCCGUGGAGUGCCAUCUUCUUCGAAUGGUAGAAUUUUUAGUGAAUGUAAAGAAAAUGGAUGUGAACUGUGUUGACAAUGAAGGCAACACACUUCUGCAUCACUUGAUGAAAUAUAAUCCGUGUGGAGGUUGGCGCUCAAGCGAGAAGUUUAAACUCAUUUUAUUUUAUUUUAUCCUGCAAUUCUUGAAGAGCAAAGGUGCAAAACUGUUAGUUUAUAACAAAAAUGGGAGGACACCUUUACAAUAUGCUAUAGUGCAUAAACAUAUUACAGAUGUGGAUAAUUUCAUAGCUAUGUGUCAAGACUUUUGUGAUUUCAAUUAUGAAACACUUAUUGAAAUCUUGGAACUCUCAGCAGCAAAACGGAUGUUCAUUUAUGAUGAAGAAUCAUCUCUCGAAGGAGUAAAUACAUAUAAACGAGCGCUCAGGGAAAGAAGUAAGCAAAAAAUUCCAAAUACUAAGAAGAAAGAACCUCAAGAACUUUUCUUUGAGAAUAUUGUAGAACCAGAUACAGAAAAUUCUGAGUUUUUGAACUUAAUCUGCACUGCAAGAGGAAAGAGGAAAAGGCUCGUUCUUGGCCUUCUAAUAUUUGAAAGAAUAUUAGGAUGCAAACAUUUUUAUUUUUUGGAGGCAUGUUCUGAAUGUUUUUUCUUUUUAUGUGAUGCAGUUUGUGAUGAUGAUUUGUCAACACAAUACGUUUUGGACAGUUUGAAAAUUUAUUCAAAUUUUUUUAAAAAUAUGAAGUUUUUUGAUCCCUACAAGAUUUAUGAAAUGGAGAAGUUUGAUAUUGAGGAAGGCACAUGCAGUGUUCAGAUAGUGACUCAAUACUUGUUUCAACUUCGUCAUUUUACUGAGAACAGUGAAAAAUACACGUCAAAGGAACUGCUGGAUGUGUUGUCACAUCUGUAUGUCGGUGGGAUCAAGAUGAAAAUUGAGCAAGAUGUUAUACCCUGUCACGAAGACAAAAUGGAAUUGUUACACUUUUUAAUCACCAUUUUAUCAAGAAAUUAAUCUGAAGAAAAUAAAAUCACCUUAAAGAAGGCUUUGAAAGCCAUACUCAGUAAUUCAAUGAAGUGUGGAUCAUUAGGACUGAUCCAUUGUAUGAUUUGUCCUAUGUUGAAACUGGGAAGUGAUUAUAAUACAGACUUCCACUGUUUUGCUCAUGGUCCACAAAUUCUAGAAAUGCUACUAGAUUGUGGUGUAUCAAUUCAUGAGUUAGAUGAAGGGAAAAUGAACCUGCUCCACUGUUUUUUAAUGGCAUUAAAAUUGUGAUGAAGAUCAAUAUAUAGAUUUCAGAGAAGAUGAAAUUAAAAGCUUUAAUGACCAUGUAUUGGAGAUCAUCACCAUGGCAUUGGAGAAAGGACUGCACAUAGAUCAAAAAACUGAUGAGAAGUAUGGAUUCGAAACUGUAUUGGAAUUAGCGAAGGGUACAGAAUUUUACCCUCUAGUGAAAAAUCCUAAGUACAGAAGUUUGAAAUGUCUCGCAACCUCAGUUAUUAUAGAAAAAGAUAUUCCAUUCAGGGAUAAGCUUCCAAAAUCGCUCAUUCAUUGGAUAGACUUUCACAUGGGAAUCAAAGACUACGAACAUUAAGAAGUUCAUUUAUUUUGUCACCAUAUUUUUUAGUUAUAUCAUUUAUAUUAUGAUUGACAUCUGUGUUACAAUUAAAGUUUUCAAAUUCUAAACCAAACAAAUAGAAGUUUUAGUACAAUGAUAUGAAGGAGGGUGAGACCUUGAUAUGCUGACAGCGAUGGAAUCAUUCCUCUGCUUCACUUGAUACACUCCAUCCAAAGUUCUGAGUUUAAUAUCAGUUUAUUCACCGAAGUUUUGAAAUUUUAAAGAGCAAAGAUACCAGUUUAUUGGUUCAGAAGAAAAAGAAUCUAUCUAGAACUAGCUCCAGAAAAUUCAGAGUGUUUGGUCUCAGUCUGUCUCGUAGGAGAAAAGAGCUAGGAGAAGACCCAUUCGACGCCUUCUGAUUUUGGAAUCAUUUUAAAUCAUUUAUACAAGGACAGUAACAGAUACACGACGGCUGAUAUUGGUGCACUAAAUACGCG